CCAAACUGUUUUUAAUGUAUUUUUUUUAAAUCCUGCAACUGGCCCAAGAUUAUGGAUUUUAUUGGCACUGUAAAAAAAAAAAUGGAAGUCGUAGCCCGAGUAGGCGGAACUCUAGAGCUGUUGUCCGUGGUUUCUGGCGGAUAGGUUUCUCGUUACUCCGGAUGUUGGGGGAAAGUGAUAGAGAGAUGGCGGCCGCCGUUGUUCAAAUGUCAAUGGGCUACAGAGGGCUUUUGGCAGUCCGGAAUCGAGGAAUUGGUCCUUUGGCUUUGGGGGUCGUUUCUUCGCAGGUGCGGGCUUUCUCACUGCGAAAAGAGCCGGAGCUGGAAGAGAAUCCGUACUAUGACAAAUACCAGGACAAGAUUCAGCGGCUGCGCCGAACCAACCCAUCCGCUUUUGAUGCCCGAUUGGAGAAGAGGAAAGAGUUUAAACAACAGCCAUUGGGGUAUUCCAAGCAGGCAGAAUUUGCAAAGACAGUAGAGGAAAAGGUUGGAACAGCUUCUAGUAAAGGAUUUACAAAAAAUAAGACCUUAGAUUCUAUCCUAAACAUAGAUCUGAUAAAGGACAAGGACGCAGACAAUAUCAAAGAGAUUUGGAAGCAGUACUUCUCUUCAAGAGACACUGUAUAUGCAGUCAUACCUGGAGAAUCUUUUGAACUUAUACAGCGGAGAGCCCAGACCUGCCCCUCAUUUUUGUAUGCACUUCCAAGAAAAGAAGGCUAUGAGUUUUUUGUGGGUCAAUGGUCCGGAAAUGAACUUCAUUUUACUGCACUUAUUAAUAUCCAGACAGCAGGAGAUGCUGCCCCCAGCCAGCUGAUCUUAUACCAUUUCCCUGAGUUUCAGAAAGACAAAGGAAUUGUUCUGAUGACCUCAGAAAUUGACACCAAAUUCUUGAAUGUCCAGGAGGCACAGUGCUUGGCGAAUCAAGUGCAGUUGUUCUAUGCCAGUGAUCGAGCAGAAACACACAGAUUGGUGGAGAUGUUUAAUCACAAGUCUGAUGAAUUUAAAUACAUGGCUGUAGUUUCUUUACUAGAGCAAAGUGGAUUAGGGAAACCGUUUUUGAACAUACAGGGCCAAAAUAAAGAGGAUAAGUUGGAAUGAGAAUGGCUUAUAUGGACUUAUCGAUGCUGGAACUGAUGUGUAAUAGAAGGCUGAUCAAGGAGAACGGCACUAAGAAAAUGUAAAGACAACUUUGCAAAAGCUAGUCAAUCUGCUGCCCUAUGAGGUUCAAAGAAAACUGUAUGUAUACAGGCAAGACACUAAACUGUAGGUGGUUUAGAGAGAAAACAGACAAGGAAUGUUGAAAACUGCAGCAAAAAUUUUAGAAAUCUUAUAGAAAACAUGCUUUUGUUUGAAACUAAGUAGUUUAGGGCCUGCUGCAUAAAGUGCCAUAAUUCAAGAAAACAGUGGAGCAAUUCAAGCUGCCUAGUUAUUUAAAUUGUAAUCUAAAUAAGGCGUGUUUAUAAUACAUAAUGUUUCAGUUAAGUGAUUCUGUGGUAUUUUUUGGUAAAAACCAUACAGCUGACCAUACAUUUAAAGGGGUGGGUGACCUUUAUGCUCAUUUUUAGUAUCUUAUAGAAUAGCUAUUUCUAAGCACAGUUUUAACUGUCCUUCAUGUUUUCUUUUUUUAUAGUUAUUGAAUUAC